ACGCGAACCUCAGAGCCGGCGGUGCCCCUCUCCAAGAUGGCCGACUGACGGUUAUUGUAUUCUGUCAGGCGGUGAGGGGUGAAAGGCGGCGGGUGGCCUCUCUCGGCGCCGGGAAGAUGGCAGAGAGCGAGCGGCAGGCCGAAUCGCCCUCGGAGGCGCUGCCACCUCCCCAGCAAAAAUUCAUGAUCCCCCAGAAGGAGAUCAACAUGGUUCCUGACAUGGCCAAGUGGAAACGCUCUCAGGCUUACGCGGACUACAUAGGCUUCAUCCUCACGCUGAACGAAGGCGUCAAAGGCAAGAAGCUGACCUGCGAAUACAAAGUCUCUGAGGCAAUAGAAAAGUUGGUCGCUCUCCUGGACACGCUUGACAGGUGGAUUGACGAGACCCCGCCGGUGGACCAACCCUCUCGGUUCGGGAACAAGGCCUUUCGGACUUGGUACGCCAAACUAGACCAGGGAGCAGAAAACCUGGUAGCCACAGUGAUCCCCCAGCAUCUGGUGGAAGCAGUGCCAGAGGUGGCCGUCUACCUAAAGGAAGCCGUCGGCAACUCCACCCGCAUUGACUACGGCACAGGUCUCCCGUCUGUCAGGGGCUGGGUCUUUGGGCAGGGGGUGGGACUUCCCUUGGGACCUGCCUCAGCCUAUUGCUCUCCAGGAAGUAUCUUUGGGGGCUGCUCCCAGCUGCCAUAG